GUGGGCUGCGGGCGCUCCGCUGGCUGUGUGUACGGUGUGUCGCCGCUGUGAGCAUGGCUGAGGAAGGAAAUCAGGAGUUCACUUCCAAGAUGGAAAACUCAUCAGAUUCAGCAUCGACUUCACCUGAUGCUCCUCAGCCCAGUGAGAAUCCACCAUCACCACCGACUUCACCUGCCGCUCCUCAGACCAGUGAGAAUCCACCAUCACCACCGACUUCACCUGCCGUUCCUCAGACCAGGGAGAAUCCACCAUCACCACCGACUUCACCUGCCGCUCCUCAGCCCAGGGAGAAUCCACCAUCACCACCGACUUCACCUGCCGCUCCUCAGCCCAGGGAGAAUCCACCAUCACCCCCGACUUCACCUGCCGCUCCUCAGCCCAGGGAGAAUCCACCAUCACCCCAUUCGAAUAGUUCAGGAAAACAACCUCUGAGUGGAACACCUAAAGAAAGGUUAAAGAAAGCAAGAUCUUCAUCUCAUUCAUUUUGUAGUGUGGUGAAGCGUAUGAAGGUAGAGAAUGACGAAAAUAAUGAGACCCUUUCAGAACCAGGAGAAUCUUCAAAGGAAGAAAAUUGUUCAAAGGCCCAAGAAAGCUUGAAAAACAAAGACAGUGAGCCUGGAGAAAAGAGCUCAGAGGAGAAAAACACGUGUGAAUCUAAGUCGUCGGAUACUGGGUCAUCUAAUGCCCUCCCAAAGGAGUCUGAGAAUGCGAUCAUUAGAGAAAAAUUAAAACAAGAAAAAAUAAGAUUGAUUAGGCAGGUUGAAGAGAAGGAAGACCUUCUUCGGAGGUUAAAGUUAGUCAAGAUGUAUAGAAUAAAGAACGACGUGACUGAGUUAGAGAAUCUAAUAAAGAAGUGGAGGAAGUGUGGUCAGCGGCUGCUGUGUGAGCUGCAGUCUAUCAUGUCGGAGGACGAGGACGAGAAGCUGACGCUCACCGAGCUGAUCGACUUCUACGGGAUAGAUGACAACUUGCUGCACUACAAUCGAAGUGAAGAAGAGUUUACAGGGGUGUGAUACAUUUUCCAGGCUAUUUUCUCCCUCUCUUCUUUGGGUGAUGUGAUCAUACCUAGGGCCUCAAAACAUGUGCUCUGUUCCUGAGCUAUACACUUGGCCCAUUUACAGAUUGUCUUUGAGAAUGGCAAUGCAAAGAGAAAUGUUUUAAAGGGGAAAAAAAAGAUCUAAGCUGUUGUGGCUUAGAGGGAGGAAUGUUGAACAGUUUGGGAUAUUCUGACAAAAUUAUAAGACGAAGCUUAGUAUUUUGGAUAUGUUUGCUAAAGAAAAUAUUUAAGUAUAAAAAAAUUAAAAUUGUGUUUAAAAGGAAGUUUGGAUAGUUCUAGAAACCAGGGUUAAUUCAUUGAUUUGGGGGGCAAAAAGUUUAUAUUCAGUAUUAGAAAGUAGUAUGUUGAAUGUCUAAAUCUCAAGUGGCAUAAAUGUAGCCUGCCCUUCCUAAGUUUAUGGACCUAUGCUCAUCUGCUUAACAUAUCUGUUUGCUAAUCUAGCAACUAAUUAAACUUAAAUGUCUACAGUUUUCUCCAAUUUGUUUUCAUUUUCCUCAUGUACUAAAAUGAACAUCUGUUUCUUGGG